UACCACAGAUUUACCAAAGGGAGCUAUAGCAUAGUUCAAUUAGGACAUUUAAGUCAUUUUUAUAAACAUGUCUUAGAAAAAAGCAUUACUAGUGUGCAUUUUAAGAUAAAUCAAAGGCAAAAUUAGCCAGGGCAAGUUUCUUCAAGGCAUUCUUCUUUCAGACGAACACAAGUCUGAGUUUGAUGUUUCCUGGCACUUCCAAGCUUGGUAAUGCUCGGCAAUGCAUAAAUAACUGACUUUUGACUUGACUAAUGAAGUAUACGCCGAGUCAUCAUAGGCCAGCCAAGUCAGUUAUUUACGUUACAAUUGGAAAGCUAGAAAUAUUUCGUUAGAAAAACCCAUCGAUCUGCUUCAGAAGACAUGUGAUAACCCCCGAAGGUGUAUAGGUUAGUUUUACAUUGCAGUACUUGUGGAUAUAUAUUUUGCAGAGCUUCAAUGUAAUGGCUGCUAUCCACCCGCAUUACCAAGAGCCAGGAUAAAUAAAAAAAUUUAAAAGAUGGCUUCGGGGUGAGUAAAAUAUGGGGAAUUUUAAUUUUUAGGUGAGCUAUUCCUUUAAGCCUUUCCUGUGAAUCCUUGGGUAUAUGUAUUUAAUACUAGGUAUUUGAAGAAUUUAACGUGAACUGUCCCUUUAAUUGUAAAAUCCUUUCAUGCACUCCCACCCAGCAGGCGGCGGUAGUGCUCCAGCUUUCGCCAUCAUACCUUUCAUAUUAAAUAUGCGGCUCCGCAUCGGUACACCGAAACAGCUCGUGUGCUGGCGUGUGGCGGUAUAGCACACUGAACGCAGCCCACUUCGACUAAGCAACUCAUCCAUCUUUGGAUGUGCUUCAAUGUGGAGUCCCUGACGCCGACCACAAGCAGAGACCGAAAUCUCGCACCGGAGCGCAGGAACUGUUACAGCACACGGGACGCCGGAGAGGGACACUGGCCCCGAUGGCCAAGAACACGCUGUCUUCGCGCUUCAGAAAGGUGGACAUUGAUGAAUUCGACGAGAAUAAAUUCGUGGACGAUCACGACGAGCCCGCCGACCAGCAAGGACCCGACGCGGUGGAGGUCGACAACCUCAUCAGGCAAGGGGACAUGAUGGCAGCCCUUCACAUUGCUCUUAGGAACCCUCCAAUCAACAGCAGGAACCCAGCAAUAAAGGAAAGAGCUCAGGUUGUGGUAUUGAGGGUCCUAACAUCGUUUAAGAGCAGCGAUAUAGAGCCCGCUGUUAAAUCUCUCGACAAGAAUGGAGUUGAUCUUCUCAUGAAGUACAUCUACAAAGGCUUUGAGAGGCCCACAGAAAAUAGCAGUGCCAUAUUGCUGCAGUGGCAUGAAAAGGCAUUUGCUGUUGGAGGACUAGGCUCUAUUGUUCGAGUUAUGACAGCCAGGAAGACUGUAUGACUACCCGACUGAACCUGGACACAGUGACGCUGUCACACCGAGGACACGAGGCAGGUUUGCCUGUUGCUUAAAGGAAAGAAGAAAAGACCAUCAUAUUGAAUGCUUCUGUCUCGAAGAAAAAAAAAAAGUCUAUGAACUGUAAACUGUAGAGAAACACCGAAGCACUUGUUUCAAACGGAAAAAAAAUUGCUUGUGUACAAGUGAAGUAAUGUUCAUAUGCCAAUAUAGCAUAAGUUGUUUUAUGAUAUACUGGCAUCAAAAAGAUUUCAAUCCGACGUGGUUUUGAGUGGGAAGAAACGUACUGUGGAAAACAAAACAAAGCCGGUGUUAACAUGGUGAAUACAGCAUAUUUAAGAUCAGGUGAAUUAGAGCAGCUGAAGCGAGCUCAAACAUAUGAGGUUGUUAUUGGAUUUGAAGUGUUUUCUGUGGUUAAAAAAGAUUUAAUCAAUGUUUUAUUUUUAUUUUAUUUCACAUCUUUGGUCCCAUACUCUCGUUUUGUUUUUGUGCAGAGAUUUAAUAAUGGAACCAGUGAUGUACACCAAAGGGGUAGACUGGGGAUCAUUGUAAAGUGCCUGCUACAUUAAAAUAAAUGGAUCUCCUUUAUGUCGUCA